GGCAGCGCAAUGCUUCCCUACAGGAGCAGGACUUGAGAGGAGAGCUAAGAGCAGCAAUUAAAGUAUAAAAAUACCAUAAUUAAGACCCACAAAGAGGUGGGUGGAGUCGUUGGAAUAUCCCCAGGAUGUGGAAUCAGGGCAAUGCCUCUCUUGGCAAUUGGCUGCUAAUCGUAACAGCCGUAUUCGGAUUUCUAACUUUCAUAUGGAUUCCGCAGGCCUCAGCCGAAUGUCAAACGCGAUCGAUUUAUUGCUAUGAGUGCGAUUCCUGGACAGAUGCCCGCUGCAAGGAUCCCUUCAACUACACGGCCUUGCCACGGGACCAGCCCCCCUUGAUGACCUGCAACGGUUGCUGCGUAAAGAUGGUGCGGCAUCAGAGAUCACCGUACGAGGUGGUGCGGCGCAUGUGUACGUCACAGUUACAGAUCAAUUUAUUCAUGGUCGAUCACGUGUGCAUGAUGGAAAGUUCAGGCAAUGGACAUAUGUGCUUUUGUGAGGAAGAUAUGUGCAAUUCUAGUAAAAAUUUACACACUAACGGCUGCCAGCUGCAACUCAUACCCAUCGCAGUGGCAGUGACAUGGCUAAUGGGUCAAUUGCUCAGCAGAUAGAAAGUGUUAGGAUCAUCCAGAACCACUCAGACCACACCAUACAGACACAUACAACACCAAGAGUAAUCCUACACAAACUCUCACUCACACUAUCUCUCUCUCUCUCUCUCUCUAUCCUCCUUAAAUAUCUCUCUCUAUCUAACUCUCUAAGCGUAUGAUUUGUAGCUUGAUUUGAUUUAAUUACGGUUACGAUUUACAAUUUACAAUUUACGAUUUACGAUUACAAUUACGAUUGAUUUGUUUUGGAGCACACAAAACACAGUUUUAUGAAGAGACGGGCUCCUGUGUAGUUUGAUCAGCACCCAGCUAUAGCUCGAGAACCCGAUCCAAGGAAUGUGAAUGCAAUCCAAAGCUUCUACAGACCAGAAGGCUUUCUAUUUCCCAAAUAUACACACUAGACACUAGACACUAGAUACACUAAAAGAUACUUUAAAAGCCAGCUUUGGAUGCACAGAGUUCUUGAGAUCGAAUCGAAUCGAAUCGAAUAUCACAGUAAUCGGUAUUUGAAUUGCAUGUUGUUGAUGCUAAAGCUGAAGCAUGUAGCGCUUAAGUAGGAAUCGUAGUGUUUAUUACAUUUUGAUUUCGUUGUUACUUACAUUUGUAAAUGACCCCGACCAGAGGGACAAGGCGAAACCGAAAACCAUAAGAAGUAAUCAGUAAUCGAUUCACACUAGAUCUUAGUUCUUAAACAAAUUUAAAAUCUAAAUCUAAAACGAAAUCUAAAAACCAAAUCAUAUGUAAACUUGGAAUAACGCGCCAAUUACUUUUGGCCUGUAAAUAAUGCCGACAAAUAUAUCAAAGAUCAUCCCAAAAGUAUUUGCCAGUGUGACCAAGUGAGACCAAGUGGAACAUUUGCUCAUCUUGUUUAUUCCAAAGUCGGAAAAGCGGAAACAAACUCCAUAAAUAUGCAUAACAUACACUCACACACGUUGAUGAUUUGUUGUUAAUACUCUCUCUGUAUCCCUAGAUAUCCUAGCCAUUAAGCUGUACUCUCGGUUCAAAUCCCCACGCAUCAUAUCACUUAACGAAGCAACAAUGAGACCGUAGCCUAUAUCGAUCUUAGUGUAGUUAGUUAGAGCCUCAUAGAACAAUCUGCCACCAGCACCAAAAACUGUAUAAAGUACCGAUCACCCUUUGGUCCCUUUGGUUUAUGUUCAACAAGUGAUAAUUAGCUCGUAAGUAGAAGAUGUCCCAUGAUCCCAUCCCAAACCCCAACCCAAAAACCCAAAAACCCAAAACCCGAUACCCAAAAGAACCCCCAUCAUUGUGAAAUUGAAAUUGACUCAAUUCUCAUUCAUGCUAGUGAUAGUUUUAAAAAACGAAUCGAAUCGAAUCGGAACUUGUAGCUUACAUAGCUUAUGAUUUACAUUUAUUCGAAUUUGAAUUAAUGUUAUUAUGAAUUAAUUAAUAAUGGUUAUGAUUAUCAUCUCGACUAGAGUAUUCGACUUGAAGUUUUGUAUUUUAAGCGUAAACCGUUUUCGUUUGUAUAAUUGAACUUGAAUUGGCUAAUAAACAACCAUUUUUACCAUACAUAUUAUCUAUAUAAUAUAUCUAGCAAAAUUUACUAUUAACCUUUUGGCUUCGAUUUGCUUUACCUAAUUGCUACUCAACCUCACUUAACUACUCAAAUUUUCAACAUUCGUGCACUUUUGCCCACGCAUUUGUAAAAUACGUACUUACCCCUCUAUACUUGGCUUUAGUUACUAAACAAAAACAAAAACCAAAAAAAAAAAAAUGCUUAAUAGAUCGAUUGUCCAUUUCCGUCCAGCCGGGAAGCAUGCAAAACUAUAUAGUUUCGUUGCUUUUUGGGCCCAGGUAAGUCACAAGCCGAAGAAGAAAUUAAACUCAAUUAACCAUUAAAAAUUAAUUAAACCAAAAGUCAAGUACAGUUGCGCACCGUUUUCUUAGUUCGCUCUUCUUGCCUCGCCUCGUAGACGGAUGGGAUUAUCGGAUUCUAUCUCGGUGGUACACACACACACACUCACAUAACACACUCGAUCCAGCACCCUCCCAAGGCCCCCUCCCCCUGUCCUUCCCGUACACUUAGCGAAAAAAUCCCCGAAAAUGCAAUGUUUACACCAUUUCUUUUUUUGAGUUUCGAUUUGUAUAGUUUCUUGCUUUCCUGGUAUGUUGGUUUGUUCGAUAAACAGAUAAACUUAUAUAUAUACAUAUAUAUUUAACCACUAACUAUCUAACCGAUUUUGGUUUGUGAAUGUUGACAAUAUUCUUAUAACCAGUAUUUGAUUGAUUGAUUGACGGUUAAUGCGUUUAAACAGUUUACUAACAAUACAAAUAAAAACAAAAACAAAACAUUAAUAAACAACGAGGCAAUGAAGUUGAAAAACUUACACACUUGGAUUUGUAGUGCAAAAACAAAAAAACUUAUUUUAAUUUAGUACUUUUUGUAGUUCCUUCAACAUCUCUCUAUCUCUCUCUCAGCAGCGCCCACAACAACAACAACAACAACAUUCUCUAUAUAUUUCUCUUUCUCUGUACCUUCUCUAUAUAUCUCUCUGUAUAUCUUUCUAUCCGUUUAACUAUAUCUCUAUCUCUCUCUCACUAUAUUGUACUAACAACUCUGUUUGAUCUUGCGACUCUGUUCUUUUUACUAACUUUCUUCCAAAAACAGAACUACACAUAGACAUAGUACUACAAACUCUUCCACUAGAGGCACACACCUGUAGAACGAAAAUGAAAAACAAAUAGAUAAGAACACUCAAUGACACCUGAAGACACACUCACUGAAUGUUAGCGAAAUAUAUACAGAAAGUACGAUGCAGUUACAGAAUUAGCGAAGCACCUAGAAGAAAACCCAAUCAAGACACUCAUGAAUACCACAGACAACUCACAAAGUGAAUUUUUACUACUCGUAGGCGCGUUUUUUUUUUCUCAAAAAAGAAAAGAUCUAAAGAGUCUUUGUAAAGUAACUAUGAUGCCAUCGUUUCGAGAGCCCUAUAUUUAUGGGCUGGAGCUUCACAUCCAUAGAUUCCUCACAAUACAAAAAGCACUAAAUUAAUAUCAAAGAUCUUACCAAUAAUAGCUAUUACCAAUAGCUAAAUUAAACUUGAUAUUGGUAUUGGUUGUUGAAUAUUGCAAAGAAAACAUAAAUAAGUAAAGGCGAGGAAACACUUAGAAAACCCCAAAGAAAAAAGAAACCAACUCUCUAGAAGAAUCAGCAGUUGCUUUUAUUAUUUGAUUUUUAUUCGAUUUUACCAUCUUGAAUUUAGCAGAAAUAAUUCAGAUUUUCUUCUAUUGAGUUAACCACCUCAGUUCACCACUCUCACCUCUUCCCACCACACCACUUUCACUCUCACUCUCGCACUUUCACUAUCUCACUCACAAACAGGUCCAGUGAUGUCAUUUCCCGCCAGAUUUGGCUUUUUUUGUAAAUGUGAUUGAAAAUAACGGUCAGCGGGAAUUUUAGAUUUAUUUUAGCAAAUUUAAACAGAUUUUUUAUUUGUACUUUUAGUACAUUUUGAAAGUUAUUAAGAUUAACUUUAAACAGUUUAUUAUUAUAUAUAUAUUAUAUUUGAAAUAACGAUAUUCUAGCGGAAAUCGGUUUUAGCUUAUAUAUUUUAUUUUUGAUCUAGCUUUUUCUGCUCUCAGAGAAAUGACAUCACUGGCCGCCAGGUAUAUGUUCCGUUACCAAUUCCAGAGCCAGCAACAAAGAGAGAGAGAGAGAGCUGCAUUGGAAUUUAGCUAUCCUGUGCCUCUCUCCCUCUCUCGCUCACAGCUGUGCCACGCCCCCGAAAAGAAUGCCAACUCCCCUUUCCCCCCGUCCCCCCCCUCAAAUGGUGCUUUUUCACAUACGACACCACUGUCUGACAUGUUUUUUUCAUCAUGUACGCCAUCGCAGCCAUGCCCAGUGGUCGCAAUGCCGCGACAGCUGUUUCCACAAUUGCAAUUUAAAGUUUAAAUUAUAUGAAUUAUACCCAAAAAAGGGAAAAGGGAAAUCCCCUUUUUUCUGAUGGGCCUGGCAAUUGUGGGCGGCAGGCGCGCGUGCAUUUGCCGAGCAUCUGAAACCAAAGAGUGAGGGCCAAGUGCCGCCUGUCACCUGCGAAAUAUAUCCCAAUAUUUGGAAACAGGCGGCCGCGGCGCCCCCCCAACUGUAAUUGUGAACGUCCGUGCGGCAAACGCCUUAAAAAAAUAAUAAAAACAUGCUCAAAAACCGAAAAUAUAAUCCCCAAAAAUGGAGACGAGGCAGCUGCAAAAAAAAAAACCGUUCGAGGAUCGGCACCGGCGCGGGAAUAAUAACAAA